AUACAAUAAUUUGAUAUAAUCCAGUUAGUAAACCGGAAUUCUAACUACAUAACAGCAAAAGGUCACGUUUCUUCUUCUCUUAUUUGGUCAUGUAAAGGGUCAUGCUUCAAAGGAUUAGAUUUGGAAGUAUCAAAUUCUAUCACACAAAUAUUGAAUUCAGAAACAAUAGUAUAAGACAGUUUUAUCAUGAAACUAUCCAUGUUGAGAGAAUAUACACCUAUCGUUUAAAAAUAUGUGCAGAAUCAAAGGCAAUUUCGGAGGGACAAGCCCUCCAUUCCCACAUUAUCAAACUCUUAGCAGAGCCUCAGACCACUGUCCUGAACAGUUUGGCCAACAUGUACUUCAAAUGUGGGUGCACUUCACUUGCUGAGCAGGUUUUUGACGAAAUGCCUGAGCGAGAUACUGUGUCCUGGAACACCAUGCUAAGUGGCUAUCUUUCAACUGGGCAUGCUUGGAAUGCCUUUAUAUGGUUUAAAAUAAUGUUAGGUUGUGGUGUUGUGCCUGACCAAUUUAGUCUAAACAGUGUGCUCAAAGCUUGUUUUAUGAAUGGUGAACUUUGUGGAGGAGUACAAGUUCAUGGACUUAUUGUCAAGCUUGGUCUAUGCGACAAUGCCUUUGUGGGCAAUGGGCUUAUUGAACUAUAUGAUGAAUUUGAUUGCUUUGAUGAGUCGGUGAAUGUAUUUGAUGCAUUGGUCUAUAAGGAUGUUGCUGUGAUUAACACCAUGAUAAGGGUGUAUGUGAAAAUGGGGAAUGUAGAGGAAGCUUUUGAAAAGUUCCGCUUGCUUUUCUCUGAUACAAGGGGACCCAUGCGAGCUACAUUUGUUAACUUGUUGUGUGCAAUAAGUGGAUAUGAGAGUUUGAAAGAAGGAUUGCUUGUUCAUGGUUUAAUAAUUAAGCUUGGGUUGGAAGGUCAGGGUGUUGUGGAGAACUCACUUGUUCGGAUGUACUGUAGUUGUGGUGCCCUGGAUGAAGCUUUUGACUCGCUUCUUUAUCUUGGUAGCAAGAAUGUCAAGUCAUGGACCACUUUGAUAUCCCAGUUCACUAUUCAUGGAUGCUUUCAAGAAGCCAUGCAUGUUUUUCAGUGGCUGCACCGUGAUAAUGUUGUAGCAUUGGAUGAAUUCAUGCUAGUAUGCAUUCUUAAUGCAUCAGCUGCAUCUAAGUGCUUAUGUUUGGGUACUCAGAUACAUUCCAUCAUCAUAACAACUGGAAUUGGGCUACAUAAAGGUAUUGGGUCUGCUUUAAUGGACAUGUAUUCAAACUGUUUCUGUUUAGAAGAUAUGUACAAGGUGCUUCAACAAGUCGGUCGUAAAUGUGAUUUAUUAACUUGGACAACAGUUAUCUCUGGUAAUGUUCACAUUGGGUUACCCAUCGAAGCUUUAAAGUACUUUUCCCAAAUGCUAAAUGAAGGCGUGAGACCAGAUGCAGUUGUAUGUGUCAGUCUUCUUACAGGAUGUAUUGAUCUACAGACUAUUGAACAUGGUGAAAUGGUACACGCUUAUGUCACCAAGUCUGGAAAUGGAACCAAAAGUUAUGUUCAGACUGCUUUGAUUUCGCUCUACGCCAACUUUGGAUGCUUCAACAGUGCUGAAAAGAUUCUUGCUAGGAGGAUAGAGUAUGAUGUUGUUUCAGUGACAGCACUGAUAUCAGGUUAUGCAAAAUUUGGAAAUGGUAUACAAGCUUUAUUUUGGUUUAGAAACGUGCUGAGGGAAGGUAUUUCACCUAACAACUUCACUCUUGCAAGUGCUCUUAUGGCUUCUACCAAAUCAACAGCUAUCUCAACUGGAAGGUCACUACACAACCUAAUUAUAAAAGUAGGACUGGAAGAUGAUAACUUUGUUGCUAGCAGUCUGAUUGACAUGUACUCCAAGUGUGGGGCCAUAGAAGAUGCUGUUCAUUAUUUCAGCAGGACACACCAUCAAGAUAUUGUCGUAUGGAAUAGCCUGCUUGCAGGCCAUGCUCAUCAUGGGAAUGGAGAAGAAGUUUUGAAGGCGUUUGAUAAGAUGCAAAUUUGUGGAAUAAAGCCUGACAGGAUCACAUUUCUUUCAGUCCUUUCCGGCUGCAGCCAUGGAGCGCUUACGGACAAGGUGAUGGAAUAUUUCUGUAUGAUGCGUGAUGCUUAUGGAAUCAGUCCUAUGGUGGAGCAUUAUGCUUGUGUUAUAGAUUCUCUUGGGCGUGCUGGAUUAUUUAAGAAGGCAGUCAAAUUUAUAGAGACAUUGAGUUUUAUUCCCUGCAUGCUAAUUUUAAGGUCAUUACUCAGUUCUUGUAUUCUUCAUGGAUGCAUUCGUCUUGGCUUAGCUGUUGUAGCAAAGAUGAUAGUGCUAGGUGGAGAUGAAGUUGCAACUUAUGCAUUGCUUUCGAAAUUAUGUGCUGCUGAUGAGAGAUGGGGUGAUACACUAAAAGCAAGGGAGAUAAUGAAGAAGAAUUUAGGGCAACCGAAGAAGGUUGGCACCAGCUGGAUUGAGAGCACAAGCGUUCCAUCUUAACUCUAUGGCUGCAUUCUUGAAAUGAAGAAUUAUAUCUUCAUACGGGAGGCAUUGAGGUAUGACUUAUUUCUGCGCCAUCUAGUAUGCUUUGAUAUGCAGCAUUUGCAUAAUCUGAAAUGGAGAAAUGCCGUAGCCUGCCUAGCUAUUGCCUGCUAUUCAGCCACAUAAAAAACUUUUUUCGAUUAAUCUGUUGGAGCAUAUAUGAAAGGUUGGCGAUCUUGUUCUGGUAAAAUGGUGGAUGCUGCUGCUGCUGCGGCUGCAUGAUAUGAUCCUUCUAGUUUUGAUUUCGGGCAAAAGCUACUUAUUCCUGACAGUUUCUUUGUCUGCUCUAUGCGAACAACUUGUAAGAGAUCUAUACACAAUAAUUUUAUUACGUUUUAAUUCUCUGCAUGUGUAGUUUCAGAGAAUGCAGGAA